ACAAGAUCCCAGGUGGAAAAAAGAUUUUUUCGAUAAGCACUUACGCGAGGCUAAAGUAAAGGAGAUGAGCGGGACGCAUGACUUUUACAACCGUGGCUCCAACAACAAGGAGAACAACGACGGCACUGACAAGAUGAUGAGCAACGAUGACAACAGCAGCACCACCGAGAAGAACGAAGCUACAGCCCAUCGUCCUCUCACUCCUGACAUGAGACGAUCAGAGAAGCAUCACAGCAAUGCAAAGCGUCAGGAGAUUGCUGGGAACUAUGAUCUACUGAAUUUCUCUCCAAGUAGGCAUGACAAUGCUGAUUACAUCAAAUAUCCAUCAGAGAGGCCUGCGAGCAGCGCUAAAUUGCGAGAACUCAGUGGCAGCUACGCCUUUGGAGACUGCUUCACAGACCAGUUGUACGAAAAGAUUCCAUAGUGAAUAAUAUUAUUAGCAUUG